CCCAAAAAAUAUGCAAACAAUUAAAAAAAAAAAAACAAAGAAGACGUAGAUCCGAAGUACUGUUCCCUCUCCAAAUCUUCACACAAAGCAUGGCAAACCCGACACCUCCAGUUCCCAUUCUCCUCGCCCUCCUCCUCCUCCUCAUUCUACCCUUCAUCUUUUCCUCAAAUGGAGAAUUCGUCCGGUUAGCCGAGGCGGGAAAGCGGAGAGUCCACAUCACCGACGACCUGGACGACGUAGUCGACGACGAGGAGGACGACACCUGGAAAGAAUGGGGCAAGAAAUCGACACCCUCUUCCGAUUUCGAUCCGCCUCCUGAUCUGUCGAAGAUGGACAUGUCGCAGAUCCAGGCGGAGAUGAUGAAGCGGCAGACCGGGCCGGCUUUCGGGUUCGUGAAGCUCCGGGUGGGCGAGAAACGGACUCGGGAUACGGUGGCUGAGCUUGCUAUGAAAUGGACUCAAGUUCUGAGGACCGGAGCGAUUGGGGCAAGGUUCAUGGGUGUUGAUCUAAACACGAUCAUGUUCACCAUGGAAAGAGGCCAAGACACGACAGAGUUGAAGGAUUUUGCAUUGAACCAACCAGAGGCCUAUGAGAUAAAGAUUGGCGAUCAAAUUUUUCGAAGACCUGGAGAUCCUCCUUUAGAGAAACUCGUUGAGAAGCUCCAGAAUGAGAAAAAGAGAAAGGAGAGUGAUAGUCCACCAGAGAACGAUACACAUUCGAAGGAGGAAUUGUAGUUCUACCGCAAAGCAUCAGCAAGUCUGGCCUGUGCAAAAGAAGAAUGGGGAAAUGAGGAGGCGAGAGAUUGACAGGGGCGAAACAGAGAACUGUACUCUCCAAGAAGUAAGUCUGUAAAACGCUCGUUUAUUAUGUUUUGACCAACAUAAAAUGUUCAGCAGUCUCAACAUUUCAAAGUCUUAAUUUGAAUUGUAUGCCUCCAGAUUUUCUUUCUCUUAAGGAAAACCCGAAAUUUCUGAUGCCA